GAUGGGGGACGUGCGUUGUGCACAGCAGCUAGCACAGCUCGGAAGGCCGAAGCUCACAGUGGACAGCAGCGCAUACAGCCAGCUUCACCCUGGGCUUCUCCCUCUUUUAUGUGGUCGUCUUUGUCCCUUCCUGCUUGAAACUGCAUCCUUUAAUAAUUACCAUCACUCGUUCAAUACAAGAGACAACGAUGGCACCGAUCUACGUUCUUGAUAACAGCUAUCUCUCAAUCACCUUCCUCAUCUCACUCGCCAUCCAAUCGUUGGCAUUCAUCAUCUCCUACACCUUGCAGUUCGAUAAGAUCACCGACUUCUCCGGCGGCUCGAAUUUCUUCAUCUUGGCUCUCAUCACACUCAUCUAUGGCCAAACCUUCGAAUCGCGUAAUUGGAUCGCUUCCCUUGCCGUCAUGUUCUGGGCUAUUCGGCUGGCUGGGUUCUUGCUGUUCAGGGUCCUGAAACGGGGGAAAGACGACAGAUUCGAUGAGAUGAGGUCGGACUUCUUCAGGUUCGGGGCCUUUUGGAUCUUCCAAUUACUAUGGGUAUGGAUCGUAUCGCUCCCGGUCACCGUCCUCAAUUCGCCCAACAUUUCUGCCGCCGCUCCCGACCCAAUCCCAUUCGGCAGUGGAUCAGACGUCGUCGGUUUGAUCUUCUUCAUCAUUGGGAUGCUCCUCGAAACCUUGGGAGAUGUGCAGAAGUACCAGUGGAAGGCAAGCUCAAAAGACCAGCGUGGAUUGCCCGUCUGUAGGGCCGGAGUGUGGAAAUGGUCCAGACACCCGAACUACUUCGGUGAGAUGUUGCUAUGGUGGGGAAUCUGGUUAAUGAGCAUUGAAUCUGCCAAUAACCCGGGCGUUGAAGAUUCAUCAAGACGCCUACUACACGCAACGGUCAUCUCGCCAAUCUUUAUUACGAUCUUACUGCUCUUCCUGUCAGGCUUACCAACCGCUGAGAAGCCAGUCCAACAGAGUGUAUUUGUCAAGUCGUAUAAGUCCAAACUUGAUAAGAAUAUCCCUCACUCACCUCAAGCUGAAGAUGAAGCCAUCCACCAUCAAGACGGAGGAGAAGAAGAUCUUUGGGAGCAAUAUAAACUUUAUCUAGAUCAGACCUCAAUCUUGUUCCCAAUCCCCAGCAAAGUGUAUCAAUCGAUCCCCAAGGCACUGAAGACCACCCUCUUGCUGGAUUGGGGGAUUUACAGAUUCGAUGAGAAUAGUCCCGAAGCUCAAAAACUCAUCAAGGAAAUCUCUGAAGACCAUAGAUCUUGAAUUUUGUCUUCCCCUACCAUUUUUCUCUAUUUUUCAAUCAACCGGCAUUUGGAUAUCCAUCAUUAAUUGGUUUGCUUUUUUUUCUUUUUGCUGCUACAUAUCAUUCUCAAUAUUUAUCUGUUGACUUUGUUGAACAAGCACGGUCUGAUUUUAAUCCUAAUUCCUUAUCUCGACGUCCUCUGUAUGCUUAUCAUUAUCAUCGAUCUUGUUUCCCUCUUCAUCCAACACCUGAGAUUGUCUUCUUUAUGAAGAUAGUCGAAGGGGCAGCCACAUGGUCCAAUGAUCCUCUGUAUAUCGAUAGAUUAUGUGUUGUUGUACUAUCUUAAAUCUGUAUCCAAUUUGCGGCGUCUCAUUUCGCAAGAACAGCCUCUUUGACGAGAGGUGCCACCGGUCGCAAACAG